UAGUAUACAAAAUAGAGCAGAGAUAUUCUACAUCUGUGUCUGCAUUUCUUACUGUCAUUAUAUCUGUGCAUAAACGUUAACCAGGAGAUAACUGUAUAAUUUAGACAUUUCUGUCAAGUUAUUCUGAUUAUUCUUUCUGCAGUGCAACAGGUGAUUUUGGAGUUAGUUCCCUUCUUCCAGCCGCAGAAAAAGCAUGAGGCAAAUUAAAUGGUUUUUUACAGGAAUCAUUUUCAUUACAGCCAUUACAAUUACUUACAUUUGGCAAAAUAACUUUACAGAAGAAGAAAUGUUAAGUGGUGAAGAAGGGAAUAGCACAUUGCCAAACUCUACAGCUGUUCAUACUGUUCCAGUAAAAGAAGCAGACACUAUAUUUGAAACUAUUAAUGCAAGUGAACCCUCUGUUAACCACGCAGAUUUUGCCUCAAGUACAAGUGGAAAAAACAGCAAGUAUUAUUUGCCAUUUCCAUCCAAUAAUUAUAGCACCGGAGAUGUUCUUUCAGUUAUUGUGGAAACAUAUGACCACUCAGGGAAAAGGAGGUCCAGUGGUGGAGACUUCUUUAUAGCAAGGCUCUUCAACAACAAGCUAAACUCUGACUGUAGUGGAACAGUCUAUGAUUUUAACAAUGGGACGUAUUUAAUAACAUUUCCACUGUACUGGAAAGGAGAAGCAUAUAUCUCAAUUAAACUUUACCAUUCUGCACAAGCUGUAUCUGUUUUACGUAUGCUCAGGGAAAAUUAUACUCGCAGAUCGGCAUUCAAGGGAAUUUUUGUUUUCAGUAAAGUGGAAGAAAACACAGAAUGCAGCUUUGAUAUGUCACCCGAAGAAAAUGUGUGUGACUUUUCAGAUGUAAACUCAGGGGUCAAAUGGUUUUGUCGGAAACCACCAAAACUAAGUUGUGGCCACUUCAGAUACCACCAGUGUUACUCACAGCAGCAAUACCCAUUAAAUCAACAAGAGUCUCAGCUUCUACAAAGUGGCAACAUUUUGACAGACAUUGUACCAAUGGGACCAUCAUCCAUUGUUGUGCAAAGCAAAGAUCAGGCUAUUAAGAUGCCACCAUGUGCUGUCAAACCUUUUGAACCUAAGGACUCAACUGGAUUUGUCUUUAAUGGCACAUGGAAUCCUUCUGAAUGUCAAAUGCAACAGUUUCACACAGAAGAAAAAGUAGUACAGUGUUUGAAAGGAAAAAAGAUAUAUUCUAUUGGUGACUCAACAUCACGACAAUGGUGGGAAUACCUUGUAAACCAAGUACCAUCAUUUAAUGUUGUACAUAAGGGAAAGCUGGAAAGGACAGAUCAACAUUUGGCUGUGGAGUUUACACACAACAUUCUUCUUCAGUGGAGACCUCAUGGGACUCCAUGGGAAACAGGAGAACGGUACAAUUUCCUCAACCUGCAACCCACAGCCAACCAGAUUAACAGCAUAUUUGGAGGUAAUGAAUUUGUCAUCAUUCUCAGUCUGGGAGCCCAUUUCACUCCAUUCCCUCUUAAGCCUUACAUUGAGAGAUUAGUAAAUAUCAAGACUGCCCUGAAGAGGCUGUUGGCAAGGAAUCCUGGAACAAAAGUAAUAGUAAAAAGUACUAACACUCGAGAAGUGAGCUCAGAUCUCUUGUUUCGUAGUGAUUGGCUUACUUUUCAGCAAAACAGAGCAAUGAAGGAAGUUUUCAAAGGUCUAACAAUUGGAUUUAUUGAUGCCUGGGAUGUGACUGUAGCAUAUGGAUCAUGGGCUGCUCACCCAUCUCACCAUAUUAUUCAAAAUGAAGUGGAUCUCUUAUUAUCUUAUAUUUGUCCUGCAGAAUAAUUCAUUUACAAGGAAAAUGUGUGAAUUUAUAAGUCAACAUACUUGAAGUGUAACUUUAAUACUAUAUCAUAUUAUUUUUAGUUACAAACUGCAUAUGCCAUUCUUGCAGUAUGUCUGAAAUAUUAUAUAGUAAUGUAGUCUGACUCAAGCACAUACUGACCUAUGCAGGACUACCCACGGUGCACAUUUAAUGUCUUUAUGUUUUGUUAGAUCUCAGAAACCCUUCAUUAUUUUCUUCUUCUCUAAGAUUAUAUUUUCCCCUGCUGAGACUGGAAGUGCAUUUUGUGAUUCCAUCUAUUUUUUCCUUGUAAGGUUAAAAGCCAUAUGCAGUUUGGCUCUGUUCUCAUUGCUCAAGACUGCCGGUCUGAUCUUCUGUUUAAAUAUGCAUGCAGAGGCAUUAAUGGCUGGCUCCCACCAAAUGGGCUAAUGUCAUUGCAAGAGACUACAGCAAAUGCAGUAUUAAGUAUACUCCACAAUGAUCAAAUUCAAAGAAUUAAUCUUAGUAAUGUCAAAUGUAGUGAAACAGUAUAGUGUCAUCUCUGCAACUCUGUAAAGCAAUUUGUAGCAGUUUGGUUUAAUGAGAUAUUAAAGUUGAUUAUGUUGGCAUCAGGAA